AUGGCCCCUCAACCUCCCAAGGGCUUUCCUGCCAACUUUCGGCCACAUGUGCCGCCAUUCUACCGCUUCUGCGCGACAGGCUUGGGCGCCAGCAUGUGGUUCUUCCUGAUGUACCGCGCAAAGAAGGACGGGCCGGUAUUGCUGGGCUGGAAGCACCCUUGGGACCAUUAG